UCAAAUGAUGAAAUGAGAUUGUAUAAUAGUGACAUCACUGUUGCAAAUACCGAAUGAAGGUCUAAAUAGAAGGGCUAUAAUGAAGUGCGCUCCUCGUGCGUAAGCGUAGAGCACUGAGAGUGCGUGCGCGUCAAACACGCUUGCCAAUUGGUCAGCCUAGUGCACGCACUGGAUUGCGGAGGCUCUGCGUUUCAUUGCCAGUGAAGCAGCCUGCGCUAUCCUCUCACACGGACGUUCACUUUGCUGUAAUGGGGCGCAUGAGACGUACAUGAGACAUAAUAGACUACAAAACAAUCCGGUUGGAAUAUAUUUGGAAAUCCUGCCUUAAACUCAGUGGUGUCAUGGAUAUAAUAUUUUUUAACCAAGCCAACAUUCACGUGAAGGUUAAAGGCAGAAUCGUUCAUCCCAGCAGCAUCUUCAGAGCGCGCGACAGUCGGGAUAAUGCGCUUCGUGACAUCGCCUCUGUUUGAGGAUAAUAACGAGCACGCAACGCACUAAAGAUUACGAGAUUUAGCCUGGAUUUCACAAACUGGGUCACAUGAGAUUGUCUGACAUCCUGUCAUUCUUACCCACCACAGCAUCUGAUAUUGUUCCCCUGAGAACAAUGCUCCAACAAAACAACAAUAAUAACCACCCCUGCCUGGAUAUGACCCAUAGAGAGAUUUUGCAUGACUACAGAAGACCCAGUGUCUCAUUCACUAGUGCCAUUGAGUUUGGAGCUAUACCCCUAAUUAAGGGCCUGAGAGCUUGGGCUGUAAGCGGUGGCUACUCUAAAACCAGAAGAAAGGGUGCUGCUGGACCUCGGGCACAGGGCACAUGCCAACAGCCUCAUGAAAGCAGGGUGGGGCAAACAGGUUGGUCAGGUCAGGUCAGCAAUGGCUACGCCCAGACGCUGGAGAGUACAGCUAGUACCGCACGAACACCCGGAAUCAGGCAAGGUGGGCCGGGUGCCCUCGUAACAGUGGCAACAUUGAAAGGCACAGAGGGGGGUGGGCGACAGACUCAGACGCGGUGCCUCUUUCUCAAAGCGCAGGAAAGAGGUAACUACAUCUGUGCCGUGGGAAACCGCGGAGCCGGGACGAGAAUUCAUACUGUAAUUCUGGAUGGAGCUAAAGAAGAGGGUAGAUGCUCCUCAAGGGGACCCAGGGUGAAUCAAGAUGGGACGGACGAAGGUGGAACGCUAAGACCCAAGCCUAGGGCCAUAAGAAAGUGGAGAAAGUGCAGUAAAGGCUCAGCCCAGAAACAAAAAACGUCUCAGGGUAAAGCGAAAAUUACCCAUCCACCUUGUGAGCAAGGACGUGAUGAUGCCGUGAUCCUAGAAGAGCCAAUUAACAGAACAUCAGAUAACACAACUGCAGACAGAAUAACACAGUGCCAGACGGAUGAAAAUAAAAUGGAGGAUAGCAGUACAAGCUAUUCGGGUUUAAUCGAACAACAAAGUCCUGAGUUGAAUGAAGAUAAAAGGGCUAAUUCACCCAUAUCAAUUGCACACGAGAGCAUGGACCCACAAACCAGCUGCUCUUCUGCCAAACCAUGUGCCAAUACAAGUGAGCAGGUUGAGGCCGGGACAGCUAUUAGCUCAUCUGAUAAAUGUUUUGGAUUUAGUUGUGUCGAUGAUGCACAAAGAGACACUGAGAUUAGUACAUGUGAUAAUGACCUUGACGUGAAUGAUUAUCAAAAUAUGGAAAUGAAUAAAGACUUUGUCGCCAUUGUGCCAAAAUUAGAAGAAUCAUCUGUAGUAUCCAACAGCACCCAGAUUAGAUUAAAUAUAACACACUGUAAUACUGAGCCAAGCAUAGUUGAUCCACCCAUGAAAGCCUCUUAUGAGUGUCCCGUCGACAACAUUCAAGAGAAUCAAGAUGAAGAAUCCAGGACAGAUGAGUGCUUACUGAACUGUGAGAGUCAAAAUUCAGUGGAGAUUGUCACAAACAUAACACAAAGAGGCGGGACUACAGACACAAAGAUUAUAGGGCAAGGAUGCAAUCCAGUUGCGUGUAACACCACAGGAAAGGAGCCUAAGCCGCUACUGUGCUCACCUCAGCAUCGGGAGGAAUUCAUUUCAGAUUGUGAGAAACUUCAAGUUCAGCAAUCUGACAAAUCCUCUUCACAAGGCAUUAGCACGCCAACAGCCGAUAUAACCACUGUUCACUCCCUGCCUAAUCCUGCCCCUACCACCACUGCAGCCAUAGCAACAGCCAUCCCAGCACUAAGCAAGCGGGAGGUGGGGGCUAGAGGUGGAGACUUGCUACCACCGGUGAACUCCGAGUUCCUAUCAGAACUGGAAAGAGCUGACGACAGGGACAAGGUGGCCACUGCUGAGGAGUCUCUUGACUUGGGCGAAGGGGAAGAAGAUGAGUUUGGGGCUUUCCUGCAGGCGGGUGCCGAGCCGGACUGGACGGCCGGCUUCACUGGAGAGGAUUACAACAGUGGAGAAGUUCAAAGAUGUGCUGAUGCAAAUGUACCUGCAUCCUUCAAAUCUGAUUGGACGGCACUUCAGCCGUCAGAGAGCACAUGGAUUGCUUUCAGUCAAGAGUCUGUGGAGCAGAAGAUAACACAUGAUGGUCAAUGGUGGCCUUCUACUUUAGACAAGCCAAACCUUUCUUCUGUUCACGAUGUGUCAAAUGUGUUUCUAGAUGCCUUUCCAUCAGAAAAGCCAUCAUGUGAAGAUCCUGAUUACAUUCCUACAUUAUCACAGCUUAUGCAAGGACCUGAAAAUGGCAAUACAGAGGACCACAGGGAGCAAAACUUACUUGAUGGCCUGCAGGAUCUAGACAGGAUUGGUCUGAAAUAUGAGCGGGCGGAGUUGCUGUCUUGUAAACUUCUCCUUCAGUCGUUGCAUUUGGACCGUCCCACCUCUGACUGUGUGACAGUUCGAGUGAAGACCGGUGCCAGGUUUUCUCCGAAUCUACCAACGUCCAACCAGCAAUUAGCUGCAAGUGCUAAAAGAAGACUGUCUUAUGACUUCAACAGAAAUACCAUGACCUAAUCUCCAUAUCUACUGAAACACCUUUGAGCGAUGCUUCCCUUAAAAGAGGACAUUCAGAGAAAAGGAGCAAUACAUACAAAACUGCUUUUCCUGGAUUGACUUCUAUUCAUGACUGACUUAAAGUGUAUUUCUCUUUUAAAUGUCUGUUCUCACGAUAGAUUUUGUUUUCACAUUCAGCUGUGCAUCAAGAGACACAAGACCUAUGUUUAAACACAUAAACACUUGUGAAGACCAAUGGAGGUUACAUUAGGACAGAUCUGAUUAUAAAUAUGAAAAAAACUAAAAGAAAAAAUUAACAGGGGGUGUUGGGGUAUUUAAACCAUUUGCUUUCCCAAACAUAUUACUCCGUUGUGUCCCCUUUUGUUAAUUGAUGAAAAAAUGUCAAUAUUCUUUGUGUAUAAUUUACAAACUUGUUAUGGAUUACAUUUUUCAUUAGGUACACUCAGUAGUGCAUAUUCCUGCAAAAAUGCAGGUUAGAAUCCGUACCAUGUACUGUCAGGAAUAAAAUGGUCCAAAGCUGUCAAUGGGCAGUACCCCUUACUAUUUCGUUACAGAUAUGGUACCAAUAUGUACCUUUGAGGUACUAAUAUACACUCUUUGAUACCGAUAUUAACCCUUUAGGUGCAUAGGUGUAUUUUUGGGGGUAAAGGGUACAGCUAGGGACCAUUUUUCUGACUGUGGCCUGAUUCAAGAAGCCCACGUCCCUUACGAAAAUUAACCAUGGUUUUAUUGUGGUAAAAGUGUAGUAACCAUCUUUUUUGGUGUAUUGAUUACUAUCAGCAAAAUCAUGGUUUUACUACACUAACUAUGGUUUUUGAAAACCAUGGUUGUCAAAACCAUAGUUAUUUUGUGGUUACGAUGGUUUUACUACUGUUUUUUUUUAACUGGAGUAAAACCAUGGUUAAUUUUCGUAAGGGGUUAUUCCCUACUGUUGUAUAUGAUAUAGGAAAACAACAAUAAAAUUAAAAAGAGAUUAUGUCAUGUGAUAUUUUUAGGGAUUACGAUUAUUUACCAGUUUCCGAGAGGUGUCUUUAUGCCUGAAGACUGUCAGAAAAUGUAUUUUCAUACAUGACACAGUGGUCCCUUCUCAGAAAAAUCAAUUUUCCUGUUUCCGUGUGUUUUUUUUCUUGUGCUUGAAGUGCUAAAUAUGAAAAUGUACUGUGCCAUUUUUAACUAAACUCAUAAAAAAUAGAGACCAUAUUUUCAGAAGUGUUUUAAAAUUAAUGUUAACAUUUUAAAUCGAGCCUGUAAGCUUGUUUGUUGAUUCAUGUAAUUAAAAAUCUUGAAAGGUU